GGCCUAUGCUUGAACUAAAGAGCCCAAUCAGGCUUCUUUGUUUUUCCAUGUGAGAGCCGGAAAUGUGAUAUAUGAAUGCAUGCAAUCAAAAUUCAAAAGUGAGGCUAAGCAAAACAAAAGUUGAAGCGGCAACGAAAUUUUGAUAAGGCCUCCUCAAACCCUAAUUCAAAUCCGCUCUACAGUAGGUAAUAGGGCAGUGGCGGAAUCAUAAUUUUUCUAUAAGUUGCUGAGGUUACUAUGGGCGAGUCAGGGAGUUGGGUUGCUUCAGGUGACUCGAAUAAAGAAAGACCCGAUCACUUUGCUUUCUAUACAUGUCAAAUUAAAACACUUGUCUCCCAAAAUGACUUCACUGUAAAUAUAUGCGGGGAACGGGAAGUAGUACACUGCGAGCCUUCUCUUUUCAGUAACAGUAUAGCAGCUGGGCUUUCGGAUCACAAAGAGCAAACAUUGAAUUCACUGCUUCGACAGUCUCUCGCAAUUCUUACACCGGAAGCUGAUGCGAUGCUUGAAUCUGUUAUAGGCAUGCGGCAGCUACAAUCACAGGUCACAAGCAGAAAGACGGGUGUAACAUCUGAGAGCGAGACAGGGCUAAACAAGUCUUCCUCAUCAACUAGCUUCUCUAAACCUGAUGGUGCUGUUAGUUCUGAAUCUUGCCAAGAGGAGGAUAGUGAUCUGCAGCUCUUACUAGCAGCUGAUAACUCACUGGCUUGGGAGAUGAUCAAGAAACAUUCUGAUGAACUUUUCACAACGCUCAGCUAUAUGGAGAAGCAACUUGAGGAACAGCUUGAUACGGUGGUGUCUACCUGCAGGCCUAUGACCCUUGCAGAGAAGAAGCAUCUUCAAAAACUGAUUCAGCAGCUACCACCAAAAAAUCUUAACCGUGUGGCUCGAAUUGUCCAGCGAAGCAAGCCUGAAGCACAAUCCUGUAAUGAAGUUUUUGUUGAUUUGGAGCAAGAGGACAAUACAACACUUUGGAGGCUCUAUUACUACAUUGAAGCAGUGGAGAAAGCUAAAAAGCUCGUUGUAGCCUAAUUUGUGAAUUUCUGUAUCCUGGAGGUUUUCAUUUAGAUGUUAUUAGGUGAACAUGAGGCCGAGAAGUAUCCAAUUAAUUCUUUAAUUGGUUUUGAGGCGAAAUGCUGAUUGCAGUAUACCGACGUUACACUCAGAAAAAGAAAAGCAGAAUUUUAGUUGACAGAUCCUUAGGCCAAAUUUUGUCAAUUUUGAGAUGUCGAGCAUAAGAAUUGUAUAAACAGCUUACCCACAUAUUGUGCUUAAAAUACGAACAAAUGAUGUAAAUUAUUGUGUUUUCUUUCCUCAAAUUUUAUUCUCGAACUAAUCAAUUUGUUUGGUCAAA